GCGACUUUUUAAUUCGUGCCGCUUCCGUUGCGAUUUUGAAGCAAUGGCGUGCGAGUCUGGUGUAGCGCGUGCGGGCGUGAGCUGCGCGAGCCGUUGGCUGCUUUGUUCUGCGGCGGCUUGUGUCUGGAGCGCUUUCUGGCCGGUGGCCCUCACAGACCUCACAGACUCCACGGUGCGGAAGAGUCGAGCGCUCCUGGCGAAGAAGAAGCGGAGCGCCAACGAGUGCGAGCAGGCAGCCGAUGGCUUCAGGACAGCCUUGCUGCAGCAACCUUUGGACGUUCAGCUGAACUUGGACCUGGCAGAUGCGCUGAACUGCGUGAUGCGCAUCAAGACCGAUGCCAACAUGUUGAGACUCACAGGGUCCCAGGAGACGCCCGAGAAGAUCCGCGUGUGGAAGGAGCUGGGCCCUGAGGCGUGGGAGCACGCGCACUUCGCCCUGAAGUACUGGCCAAGAAGCCCCCGUGCGGCAAGUGUCUACGCAGACGCCUUUCAGUACAUGACCUCAGUGCAUGGUCCGUUGCCGCAGGCGAUCCGGGGCUCCGGCAAGGAGUUCCGGAAGAACGCGCGGCGCAUGCAGCAAGUGGGGCCAGAAGAGGAAGGCGGUUUGGGCUUCGUCUUUGAGGGGACUUUCUUUCUGGCCGCGCCCUGGCCAAUCCGGAGCCUGGAUGAGGCCCUGGUCUUUUUCAGCCGCGCGCUGAACAUCAAGAAGUGCCGGCGAAAUUUUUACUACGUAGGACUGGUGCAGUACCAUAUGCAGCACUGGGCCGAUGCCAUUGAGGCGUUUACCCAGGCCCGGAACACCGCGCCAGAGUUCUUGUCGGAGUUCGACUUUGCGGAGGCCUUGACCAAGGAAGCCACACUCGGCAUCAAGCUGUGUCAGAAGAAGCUCGCAAUGUGACCGGAGCGGUUUUUUGGCAUCGGUGCAUU